UUUUUUUUUAUUUAUGGGGAACGUAAUAUCUUGUAUUAGUGGAUUGAUCCAUUCUGUUAUUACUUUUGUAGAGACAAUCAUAGCAAGUGUUUUCGGAUUUUGUCGAUCGAUUAUAUCUGGUGUAUUGAAUUUAUGUAGAAAUAUUAUAAAUUCCAUUGCAAGUUUCUUUUUCUGUAGUAGAUGUUGUUAGUAAGAAAAAGACUAUAGAAGAGUUUAUUUUAUUAUUCUUCUAUAGUCGUUAACUCUCUCGUGAAUAAAAAUGUAUGCAUGAAAGAAAUUGUAAA